CUAAGCUGGUUUGCGUGCCGCCAUUUUAAAAAAGAAGAAGAAGAAGAAGAAGAAGAAGAAGAAGAAGGAAAAAAGCAAUAACAUCAACAGAAGAAGAAAAGCUUUGUUGCAUCUCUUGUUACGUUCACUAGCGUUUUUUUAUUUUCUUCCAGGAGUGUUUCAUCUGACAACGAAGCGGAGCCAGCGUGACUUAUCCUCCGUGACAUUAUAUAGACCCGAGUUUUUUUAUUUUAUUUUUAUUUUUUAUUCUAAUUUAAAUUUUUAUCCAGGUCAUCCUCGCAGCGUCGUGCUCGCUCCCAAUGUUUACUUCUCCGGCGUGUCUUCUCCAGCCAAGGAGAAGUAAUCCCGUGGUGCACGGGACGUCGUUUUCCGUCAUUUCUUUUUUAGCCGAGACAUUAUUUAGCUCAAACAGCCGUCAUGUUUGAACGACACACAUUCACGUUUGUGAUCGGAUAAUAAUGCUCCAGCUAACAGCUGUUUGAUCACUCGGACGCUUCCUUCCUUCCUUCCUUCUCCUCUUCCUCUUUGUCUCUCGGGCUGUUGUUGACAACCGCAGCUCUUCUCUCCGGCUCCAUGAUGGCGAUGUUUCGGAGCUUCGUCUCUGCCAGCACCCAGCUCCGACAGCCUCAGCCCGGUCCCGGCUCCGGCUCCGGGUCCGGGUCUCCGGCAGCCCCGGCCGAGGGCAUCGAGAACCAGUUCUCCUGUCCCAUCUGCCUGGAGGUCUACCACAAACCCGUCAGCAUCUCCAGCUGCGCUCACACGUUCUGUGGCGAGUGUCUCCAGCCGUGUCUGCAGGUUUCCUCGCCGCUCUGCCCUCUCUGCCGCGUGCCCUUUGACCCCAAGAAAGUGGAGCGCUCCUCCAGUGUGGAGAAGCAGCUGGGCUCGUACAAAGCCCCCUGCAGGGGCUGCAGCAAGAAGGUGGCUCUGGUAAAGAUGAGGUCCCACAUUGCUUCCUGUUCUAAAGUACAGGAGCAGAUAGCAAACUGUCCCAAAUUUGUCCCGGUGGUUCCCACCUCCCAGCCCAUACCGAGCAAUAUUCCAAACAGGUCGACCUUUGUGUGUCCAUUCUGUGGAGCCAGAAAUCUGGACCAGCAGGAACUGGUGAAGCACUGUAUGGACAAUCACCGCAAUGACCCCAAUAAAGUGGUGUGUCCGGUGUGUUCAGCCAUGCCGUGGGGAGACCCCAGCUAUAAGAGCUCCAACUUUCUCCAGCAUCUCCUCCACAGGCACAAAUUUUCCUAUGACACCUUUGUUGACUACAGCAUCGAUGAAGAGGCAGCACUGCAGGCAGCUCUGGCCCUGUCCCUGGCUGAAAACUAAACCCCCCUCGUCCCCCCCUCAUCCCUCUGAACCGCUGCUAUUUCCUCCAUGGCUCAGAAACCAGUCUCUACAGGAGCACAUCACGGUGGAUCUGGUGGAUCUGACAACCUCACUACUUUUUAUCCUGGUGUAGCAGCGCACUCACUAACACAGUUUAUACGGCAGUACACACAACACAAAAAGAAACAAAACUGUUUGGAUCUUCAUCGCCUCAUUUGGAUCGGAUGAUUUUGAAAUCACUGUGUUUGCAGUGACUGUGUCGAGAUAAGCUACGCCACGGCAGAAAAAACACAAAACCGACGGCACGGAAACAACACAGCUUCAGUUCACCUGGACCGCGACGACAUGAAGGGCUACCUUCCUGAAAAAGAGUGUGAGUUUGACCUCUGACCUCCAGGAACUUGCUGUGAUGUAUAAUCUCGGCUGCUGGUUCCCUGUUUGAGUAGAAGCUGCUGGAGUCUUGACCUUCCUACACGUUGUUUUCCUCCUCCGUGCACCAGCUAGAAAGAUCUAAUUAGGAGCUAUACUAAUCAGAAUAAUGAACGUAGGUUUGUGCGGUUGCACCACAAUGAAGGUGACUCAUAUCUUGCAGACAGCGUUCACAGAGAGGCUGCAGAGCUCUUAGGUUUCAGGUUUUUGUCGGGACACUAAAUAAUUCUCUUUGCGUUGCUCAGUAGCCCGGUGGAAACGAAUAGAGGGAAUUUUUGGCACAUUAUUUUGCACAUGUACAAAUUGUUGUGUAGCUGCACAGCUGAAUUUGUCUGCAUUCACACACUAAUCACGUCUCACCUCCACAGCAUUAAACCUGGCUUUAGGACGAACUAAGACGCUUCUAGGUGUAAAAACCUUUAUUAUAUUAUAUGAUAUAACAAAUUAUAUUUAUUACUUUAUUAUGUGUAUACAAAAAGAACAAAGGCACUUACAUAUGCCAGGACACAUAAGUGUCAGCAUUAAACAUGUUUGUAUACACCGUUAAAUUAACAUUUGCAUAUUUUGAAUAAAAUAAAUUAAAUUAUAUCAGAUAAACAAAACAAUGAAUACACAUAAACACAGGAAUAAAUAAAAAAUAAUAAAAUUAAAAAAAAAUAAGUAAAACCAGAUAACCAAUACAAUAAAAUAAAAUAAAUUAAUAAAAUAAAAAUACAUUAGAUUAAGCCAGGUAAACAAUACAAGUACACACAAACACUGGAAUAUAUAAAAAUAAAUCAAUUAAAAGGGAGAAAAUAAAAUUAAUUAAUAAAAUAAAUAAUUUAUUCUUUUUUUUUUAAAUAAGGGAAGGGAGCUCACAUUGUCGUGUGAAAAUCCAUAAACAGUUGCCAUUUACUGUAGAAUUUGUUCUUUUUGAAUGUCACGUGUUCAAAUUGUGAGACUACAGCUGAAAAUUAGCAUUUGUGCUAAGUCUGGCGCAUUUACACUGAUGACUAACAUCAGUGUUGAUCAGCGUGCAUCGUCCCAAUUCAAUAAACUAAUAAUAAUGUGGAAGGAGGUGACGUUUAGACAUUAUGGAGGUAAAGGCUGUUAGUGAACGCACCCUCAAACAGAUUUUAGCCUGUUCUAACAUCUUAUGCUGUGUGUGGCAGUGUUGUCCAUUGUUGUUUUCGUUUGUGUCUCUGCGGUGUUACACUAAGUGGGAACCUCCAGGUCUGAGCAAUGAAGCCCAAAUGAGACUCCCCAUAAACCACCAUGUUAAAAAGCCCAACUUUAAGGCAUUAUUAAUCAUGUUUACAGCCUGAUACAAAAACGAUUUUAGUAUCAAUACUUUAUUUCACUUUUUUUUUUAAUAACUUAUUAGUUUAUUUUUUAUUAAGAUUUAAAAUCUGCAUUAAUUAAGGGCGUUCCCACUUUGAGUAACAGGUGGUAGUCUGAGCUAACAGGUACCGGAGAGCUGGGUGGGCGGGUCUUAAUGUCAGACACGACCCUCCCACCAUGCCCAUAUUUGGAGUAUCCGAAUGUGGGCGGAGUAAAGCUCAUCCAACAUGGCGACCGCAGGCUUCGGAAUCCAAAGGGAAACGCAAGUAACGCACAGUAACUCGGACAAGUAACUGUAAUCUGAUUACUGGUUUGGAAAUAGUAACGCGUUAGAUUACUUCGCUUCAGGUACUGGAAAAAAAAGUAGAUUAGAGUAACGCGUUACCGGCAUCACAAGAUAUAAGCGUCGAUUACUCUCAACAUCCGGGUAAUUUAUCCUGCAGCCGUCUCUCUACAACUAAACACACUCUGAAUUAAAAGCUGAAUACAUCUACACAGGACGGCUUCAAUCAGCUGUGGGAGCUUUGCGUUAACUCAGUGAUGGGAGCGUAGCUGGUGGGGAAACUAAUCCAUCUCACAUCACAUCAGUCAGGACUGAACCAGGAGCUGAAACAUUCAGAAAGGAUCUAUAACCACAUCCCCAAUGAGCUGCGUUUUAUUGUCCAAGAGAGGAUGAUUUAUUCUUCUCUCUCUGAGAAGAAAAACUAAACAGACUUCAGAUCUUUUCUGUUCAGUGUGAACAGAUUAAACUGCACCAGCGGAGGAAGGAAUCACUCAUCACAUCCCAGUAACACAAUAAGAGCACCUAUUCAGCAUCACCCACACAAAAAAAAAGUCUUUUCCAGCUCCUAUUUUUAUCUGUGUGAAUAUUUGCACUUGUUAUUUUAUUUUAUUUUAUUUUUUUGUAGAUAUUGGAACGGAUUUUAGUGCUGGAUCGAGGUCUAACCUCCACUUUACUGUUACCUGCUUCUUCAACUCUUGCUACAAGGAAUAUUUUUAUGAUGCAUCUGCUAAGAUAGAAAAGAAAAAAAAAAAAAAGACAAAAAUAUAAUAAGAAGAUAUAUUUUUGGAACUAGUUUCUGUUUCAAACCACUGGACUAAUAUCAGACACAGGUUUGCCUGCAAAGCUUUCAUGGACACUGAUGUUUGAUUUUCAAAACUUGAAUUGCUGUAAACACAAACACACAAACACACAAACACUGAACUCAACCUGUACACUGAUGUAGUUCAACCAACAGGUGGCAGUCCUUCUCCAGACGUGCAGAGCCAUACUCAGCUAAAACAGGAAGAGAAAACAGAUCUGAGUAAAGUUUCCACCACAGAAGGAUGCAGUCAUCAUUUGCACUUUAAUUCAUUCAGUGUUUUUUGAUAAAACUUUGAAUUCCUUUUGUACAAUCUUUACCCCCGUUUAACGAUUUUACAGUUUCGCUUCCAGAAAAAGGAAAAAAAAAAGAAGAUGUAAAUUAUAAACUGUGUCAGGGGACUUUAAAAAAAAUGGUCAUUUAGUUUUAUUUGUGUGUCAAACAAUUUAAAUAUUUGUCGUUCUUAAUUCACAUGGGCAGCAUGUGCCAUUUUUUAUUUAAUUUUUUUCUUCCAAUGAUGUUUUUGUGAUCAAAAACAAGACAAACUAUGAGGGAAGAAAAUAACAAAGUUGUCCUGUGUUCAUGUCAUUUAAGGACGGAGGGAAACAUUCAUUCAUCUCAGCUGAAAUUAUUUCUUUUUUUAUUAACCUCCUGAGACCCGAGCUUUUAUUUUCUGUGCAUUUUUGAUUUCUCCAAGGUAUUUGGGAUCAGUAGCACCUAAGAAAUAUAAAAACUAAGCAUCGUCUUUGAACAGGAAGUGGUAGUUUCUGAAAAAAGAAAUAAUGUCCCCAUAUGUGGACACUAGGAUUAUCUCAUUAUCCAUAUUAUAAAGAAGUCACCGAUGUUUGACAUAAUAUGAAACUAUUUAUUUUAAAACCUGAACAUGGUUGUGCAAAGACAGAAUUGCGAACAAUGAAGUCCCAGUGUCCUUAAACGAGUACUUGCUAAUUAGUGAUGUUGUAUCUCUUUCAAAUUAAAGAUUAAGAUUUGCAUAUUUUUAUGAACAAAACAAUUACAAAAAAAAAAAAAAAAAAAAAAAAAACAGACAAACAAUGCAAUGAGCACACAGAAAUGCAGGAAUAAAUAAAAAUAAAUAAAUUAAAGGGGAGAAAAUAAAUUCAUAAAAUAAAUAAAAAAAUCCAUAUAUGGUUUCCAUUUAUUGUAGAAUUAGUUUGAAUUUGCCCUUUUUGAAUAUCUAAUUUUCUCUGCUAUUAUUGCUAUUGAUAAAACUUUCUUAAAUUUGUGAGUUAUGUCAAAGUAGAACCGUUAAUAAGCAUAAAUAAAUAAGUUUUAUCCUUUCCUACCACUAGAGGGCAGACUAAAACAUCCACCAAUGAGGACAAUGGGUUUAAAUGAAGCCGAAUAAGCUGCAAUAAAACCUAAAACUUAACGUCCCCAUAUGAGGACGUGGGGUCUCAGGAAGUUAAGAAUGUACACCGAUCAGCCACAAUAUUAUGACCACCACAGAUCUAUUAGGCACCAUGUGUCCUGUUAGAAGCAGGUGGAAGGAUUUGAGCGACUUUGGACCCUGAUGGCCUCGUUCAGCCUUUCAUAGAGCAAAAAUGAUUAAAGGUUCAACAAGUUGACCUCCGCUGGACAAACCUUAAAGGAGGACGUAAAGUAUCUGCUAAUUUACUAUGGUUGAUCAGUGUACAUUUAUCAUUUUUUGAAUUAUCAGGCACAACUUGUGGAGUUUUUAUUUUAAACACAUAAUAAUAGAAACGUUCAGAUAAAGACUGAUGCUCCAGUCGUAAUGAGAUGUUAUUAUAAUAGUGUCUGUAUGACAUGAACACGGCACCAUCUAUAAAAAUCAGAGGUCGAAUUAAAAGUGUGUUCAGACUGAAUAUGUCACAUUAUUGGUGUGAAGUGAAACCUUUUGCAGUUUUAAAUUAAAUUCUGCAUCAUAAUGUGCAUGUUUUCUCAUUCUCAUGAAUCAAUUAAAGUUAUAAGAAGUCAGAUAUUUCACACAUUUUUGCAUGUUCACUCUGAACACAUUUCGAUCGUAGACUAAAACAGUGUCAACAUAAAAAUGGAAAGUUAUUUUUGUAUUCACGUAGGUUUCCCCUCACAGAUAACGUCUCUUUGGUUUGUCUUUUCUAAUUAUAAUAGCAAUAUUUUAUAAGUGUUUGAUCACAGCACUCCUCUGACCUCUUUUAGCAGAAACGCUGCGUUCGUGUUCCACGUCCGUCUGCUUCUCUCCGAGCUCUGUUUUCCUCAGCUGAUGUAAAUAUUCUGCUCUUGGUCCUCGUUUCUGUGCUGUUGCAUUUUAAUAUUUGUGUGGAACUGUUUCCUGCUCGUUACUGAUGAUCUGAUUACAGUAGCUCCAUAGUCACUCACACUCACCGAGACUAGAAGAAGGACAACAGCUCACAAACACAGUCUGGAUUAAAGGUUGGGUUUUAUUUAUUAUUUUUUAUUUUUCAAGAAAAAUAAGUAAUCAUGCACCACAUACACCAAUCAGCCACAACAUUAUGACCAGUGAUAGGAGAAGUAAAUAACGUUUAAACCAUCUUGCUGGGCAACUUUUGGACCUGGUAUUUAUUUAUUCAUGUGGAUGUUACUUAAACAUGUAGCACCCACAUAGACCAGUAUUAGGGAGGUGGUCAUAAUGUAAUGGCUGAUCGGUGUGUGAUCAUGGCUCUCAUUGUUCCUCUGCUCCAUGUGGGCUCAGUUGCAGUUUGUUACACAGAAAACCUGCUUUUUAAAUUCAGUUAGAGGUUUAAGAGUUAAUCAAGUCAAGUGGGUUUAUUUUAUUUUAUUUUAUUUUAUUUUAUUUUAUUUUAUUUUAUCGUGUAAGGAGACGUUGACGUCUUUGGAGGAUAUCACUUGACUUGUCUUAGCUCACGUUGCUCGUGUCUGUGUGGAAAGAGGCUUAAAGACGUGUAAAAGUCUCCAGUGUGAUUUAUUUAAUAUGCACCAUUCUUUCUAAAAACGUAGUAAUAAUCUAAUAAAAGCUGCUGGAAUGAAGAUGAUGAUGAUGAUGAUGAUGAUGAUGAUGUCUGGGAGUUUCCAGCUGUUAAACUGCUCGGGGUUUUAUCAAAACACUCUUAGAAGGUUUUGUAGCAAUUUUUUCCUCCUUUUCCCCCUUAAUAAAAUAUCAAAUAUGGUCAUAUAGA